AUGGCAGCAUCUGAGAUAUCGGCGAGGUCGUCGCCCGCGCCUUCCAAUCCCAAGCCGUUCCCCUCGAAGUCGGCUGCUGCUCCUCGGGGACAUGACGCCUCCGCCAUCGUCGCUUAUGAGCACUACCUCCGCCUCCCCGAGCUGGCCAAGCUUUGGAGCUCCAAGGACUUCCCCCAGUGGGCCGACGAGUCGAUACUCAAGCCGGCCCUGCAGGGCCUGGAGAUCACCUUCCGGUUCAUCUCGCUCACCCUGUCCGACCCCCGGCCCUACGCGAACCACCGGGAAUGGAAGCGGAGGCUGGAGUCCCUCGCCGCGCGCCAGGUCGAGCUCAUCGCUACCUUGUGCGAGGAGGAUGGCGACGCCCCCAUCGCCGACCUCAGUUCGUGCAAGGGCCUUCUGUCACGGGACAAGAGCUCGAAGGAGGUGUGGAAGGUGAUAAGGAAAUCACCAGAGACCCAGCGGCAUUACCCCCGGUGA